AUGCAUAAUCUUCAUUCAUCUAGCUACUACUUUCCAGAGGAACUUCAACGCAUACCUUUUUCCUCUCCAGAUGAUCAUGUUUGUCCGCAUCAGCGUCUUCCUCCUGGUGCUCUUCAGAAAGAGGUUCCAGUUUCGAAGAACCAACAGGAUCAAGUCCGGAAACAGAGCAGCAAGCGGCAUAGGGGAGCUCAAAGAGAGGNGGGUUUUGAUGACUACAUCGAACCCCUCACAUUGUACCUCCACCGCUACAGAGAGUUGGAGGGAGAACGAGGGGUUAGCUGCGGUGCUGGAUCUGUUAGUAUGACCAAUGGCUUGGUGGUCAAGAGGCCUAACGGGAACAUGAGCGAGUACGGAGCCUACGGGCCUGUGCCAGGGAUUCACAUGGCGCAGUACCAUUAUCGUCAUCAGAGCGGGUUUGUUUUCAGCGGUAACGAACCUAAUUCAAAGAUGAGUGGUUCAUCUUCAGCAGCAAGCGGCCCCAGAGUUGAAGUAUUUCCGACUCAACAACAUAAGUACUGAGAACAAUGGCUAAUAUCGUAGACAGCUGACAGAGCGGGAGUCAUAACUGUUAGUAGGCCCAAGUUGUAGCUUAUGAAAUCAAGGUUUAAGCAAAAAAGAAAAAAAUGAUGUUUUUUCUUUGUUUGUCAUCUACUUGAAAGAACAUGAAGUUUUUCAUCUGA